AUGUCUCUACCCUCGAUUGCUGGGACCAAGAAACAUCGCGUAGCGAGCAAUGAGGUCAACGAAAACCUGCCACUUACGCGCACAGGCCACAACAACAUGCCCUUGGAGGUGUUCAAUAUUAGCAGAUCCGCACAUGAGCUGCGGCUUGGUAGACCCUUGAGGCGGUCACUUGAGGCUGGACUGAUUGACGUUCUUGCGGGACAGAUGGAUUCCAUUGACGUGUUGUGCUCGGGCCGUAGGUUGAAGAGCCUGCUCGGAUACCGACGCCAUGAGUGUAUCAAACAGAUCCACUGGGAUUUGGACAGGACCAUCGCUGAUGCAAAUUUGUCCCCCCUGGAUAGAGAGCAUUUCCAGCCGUAUGCGGCCAAUUGCCUGGAGAUCCUGGAAUGCUGGAGUUACGACGGCGUGACAACUGUGAAGCGCGACCAUAAUUUCAGGCUGAUGCGUCUGGACGAUGACAGCCAGCAGGUUAAACCAGAUGAAUUCAAAGCCAGGCUAGAGCGCUGGCUCAAGAGGCAAGGACAAUAUCAGGCGCUGAAGCCAAAGGGGGCUGGGGCUUUGAAAGGUGGCAUUCGGCUUGUGAUGUGUGACAGACCCAAUGCGGCGGCGCGAAUGACUAUCAGUCGAGAUGCGUUCGAGGCAAUCGAAGCAGAGUUUCACAUGCACGAAGCAACGCUGCCGGCAUUUCUCAAGGAGGCAGGAAGUUUGUUAAUGCAUAGAGUAACCGGGCAGAGUGAGGAGACGACAAAAGUCCAGAUUGUGUUGAAGGUUGCGCAGCACAUGGAGAUUUCGAAUUGCCUCCUGUCGCUCACGUAUGACGUUGCAAGUAACUGGACCGACGCCUUCAUUUGCGGCGACGGCAUCAUCUUCGAGAGAAUAUGCGACAGAGGCCACUGGGGCCUGGGAAGACAGCAACAGCAGCUGCUCGCACCCUUGAUAUCGCUUCCAGACUUGUGGACGAAGCCUCUGCUCCUACCAACCGUGGUCUUGCAUGUGUGCGAGAGACGAUUACUGAGCUUGCCGGUACAGCAGAAAGCGCGAGGGUGA